UUUAUUGAUCAUUUCUGAUCGUGUACUGAUUUAACUCAAAAAACUUUAGUUACCAUGAGACACUUCAAAGAAGCUCCAGAAAUGACACUUAACAGUUUGGAAAAUCUAAAUGAAGGUGUUUAUUACACCAAAAAAUACAAUAAAUGGAUGAACCAGCUAUGCGAAAAGAAAUUAUCAAUGGAUGAUAUUGCUAAGGUUUUGGAAUUUGAAAGAAGUCUACAACAAAAUGCUUCAGAGAAGAAUGUGCCACUUAAUACAGAAGCAACAGAUUUUUACGUCGAUAGAUUUAUAGAUAUAUUAGCAGAACGGAGGAAUCAAAUCAAUAUUGCUGAACACAGAAAAAGAAAUAUAAUGAUUCGUAGGCCCAGAAAACCAGGCUUUAAGAGAAAAGCCAUAAAAAAAAUUACUACAAACAACAACGCUAAAAAUCCGAAUCCUUUACCUGUAAUUAAGCCGAAACGUCAAAAAGCAAAACGAAAAUAUAGAAAAAAGAAAAAUGGUCCAAACAAAGCGAUCAUUCAAAAUCCUAUUAUUCCAAAAGAAGAGGUUCGAGAGAAGAAACAAAUAAAAAAAAAACCAAAGCAACCAAAAAAAAGAAAACCUAUCCAACGAAAAAAACCAGCAAAACAGCGAAAGGCAAUAAAGAAAAUAAUGCCUAUGAUUUAUUGUCCUCUCUUACCAAAAGACAAUAAUCACUCCCUCACUGAUCUUAUUCAUUAUGUAAAAUCAACACCAAAAGGAAAAAAACCGAAUAAGAAAAAUAAACGAAAGGUUGUUAAUAAAAUGCAGAAACAAAGACAACAAGAAAACAAAGUCAAAGCGAUCGGUAAUAAAAGAGGCAAAAAAGAACUAAAUAAUUUUUUCCAGGCAAAAAACAAACCUGCUAAUCCGAAAGGUAUUUAUCAGAAAAAGAAACGAAAUGCUAAGAAGAAUAAACGAAACAUUUAUAAGAAGAAGAAAAAUGGUUUCGAUAGAAAAAAGAUACAAAAAAUUUUCACGAAUCAGGACAAAUGUUCCCUAUCAACGCAACCUUCUAUCAUGAGUACCGAAAACGAUUCUUUCAGUGAUGUUAAAAUGAUGGACUGGCAUAUGGAUUCCGAAGACUUUGACUACACUCCCUAUCGAACACCACAAAAUAAGAAGAAAAAAUGUCGCCCAGCCAAAAAACGUGUCAUGAAAAAAAAACAAAAGUAAUUUUAACUUAACCCGGACUUGUCGAAACUCAAAAACUCAAAUCGUUCAUAACAGGACUUCUACAAUCUUCAUAUUUAAAUAAUAUGAUCUAUUCAUACCAAAAACCAGUUUUAAAAAUAUAACCAUAU